GUCCAAAGGGCCCACGCCGACGCGCCUGCUGUCACGCGGAGUCGUUCUGCUCACGGCGCCCGACACCCCUUUCCCUCGCUGGCCUGUUAAUAAAAAUGAUACUAGUAUGCCCACACUUAAAACAGCCGACACCUGUUCUAGAAGACGUCGAGCAUUCAUGUGACAGUAGCGGGCUUGCGGCAGCAUCCCGUGGAUGCAUUAGGCGUUGGGCCCUCGUACCGAUUCUUGCGGGGCAAGCUCGAUACCCCGGCCGGCUCUGCCUGUGAUGCCAAAGUUUAUCUGUGCUUAACCUAACAGCAACGCGACAACUACUCGCGGGCCAGAAAUGCUUCUCGUCCGCUGCGACUGUGAAUAAAGUUCGUUGUGUUGACAGCCCGCGACUAAACCAAAGUUCGGAGGUUGAAAACGCCUGAGCCACUCGCUCGCUUCUUGUAUUAAUGGCUUCACAGGGCGUUUUAGCUCCCUUCAGCCAUAGCCUGGGCUGCGGACCGACAUUUGUAGCCUGUCGCGGUUUGUCCGCGCGCGUGCUCUGCAGUCAUGGCGCCCAAGCAGCUUCUGUCUUUGUGGCUUGUCAGUGCACUGGCUGCAAACGCAAGAGCGAGUCCACUCUCGCGGUCGCCAUGUCGCUCGCGGACUUCAUCUCGCACAGCGGCGCCGGCGCGGCUUCGGAGCUCAGCAUCAUGCAAUCGACAUCAGAUGGUGACACCAGCACAACAGCGCUAGAGAUCCAGACAUCCUCGCCCUUCAUGUUAUGGCUGCGCGACGCCAGCGAGCGCAUGGGUGGCCACGGGCUCAGGCGCCGGCAGCUCAAUGUGCUGUGGUGGAACGGCGCCGCCACCGAAGCUGAGGCCGCGGCGGCCGCCGCCAAGGGCGACGCCAAGGCCCGCCGCGACGCCAGCGCCGCCGCCCUCGCGCGCGACCCCAUCGCCGCGCGCGCCGCCGCCGAGGCCGCCGGUGCCGCUGCCUACAAGGGAUACGGCACGUGGCGAGCCGCCACCAUCCGCGGCUACGACCCCAAAACCUGCCGGUUCGAGGUCAAGUUCCACGAUGAGCCCAAGCGCUCCCACGCCUACCUAUGGCUGCCGCUCACCGUCGCGCACUACGCGCGCAACCCCCCUUCCUCCAACGAGACCCUCCGAUGCACCCCGGAGCCAGUUAUCGGCACCGCCGCCGCCAACGAAGGCGACAGCGACCGCGCGGCGGCGGCGGCGGCAGCCUCUGGCUACGGCGGCGCCGCCGCCGCCGGCGCAAAGCGUGACCGCGGCGGCACCGCGUCUGCUGCUGUGGCCGCAGUUGGGGAUGAGGCGGAAAUGGGGCAGGAAGAGCAGGGGCAGGACCAGGACGAGGGGGAUGACGAGUGGCUGCUGGUGGCAGACGUGGGCCGCCGCCGCGCCACCCACGACCCCAAGCGCGCGCGCAGCAGCAUCGCCGCCGCUGCCGACGUCGUGUCCGCCGCGUCGGCGGCCGUGGCAUCGCCGCAGCCGCAGCCGCAGCCGCAGCCGCCGCCGCAGCAGCAGCAGCAGCAACAGCCGCAGCAGCACCACCACCACCACGUGUACUACCAGCAGCAGCCGGCGGCGGCGGCGCGGCUGCAGCGGCAGCAGUCGUCAUCAGCACCGGUGCCGCCGCCGCCGCCGCCGGUGCGGUUCACUGCGUCAAGCGACGGAACCGACCGCACGGCGGCUGCGGCUGCUACUGCCGCCGCCUCCGCCAGCGGCUAUGCGGUCUUCAUGGCCAGCGGCAGUAGCUCGCGCCCAAGCACGGAGCCCGCGUCUCCCGCCAAAAUGACCGGAGCUGCUGGCAUCACGGGCGCCGCCGCCAGCACCGCCGCAGGUGCCGGCGCGGCUUUCGCUGCAGUCGUCGGCGCUCCUGCCGCGGCGCCGAUGGUGGCAGCUGUUGUUGUCCAUGACCGCGGCUCGGGAACCUUUGGAACCGGGUUUGAGAGAAUGAGCAACAGCAGCAGCUACGGAAGCACUGGUGGCUAUGGCUGCUACAGCUCUCCCGCACUGCCUAUGGCUGCAGCGGUGCCGCCGCCGCCGCAGACGCUGUUGCUGCCGGUGCCCGCCAGCGGCUUCCUACCGCAGCUGCCGCAGCUGCCGCAGCUGCCGCAGCUGCCACGGCUGCUGCUGCAGCCGACCCCGUCUGCAGUCGCCGCUGCCGCUGCUGCUGCCGCUGCCGCUGCUCCGUCGGUGCCCUCUGGCAGCGGAGGGGACAUCUUUGAACGAAGCAGCACCUGCAGCAGUGUGUCUGGCUCGGGAUUCCUACCUGUGCCACCCGCCGCCGUCAUUGCUACAACCACCGCCUUCACCGCGGCGACUGCUGGCACGCCCUUCUGGCCCGCCGCUACUGCCGCCGCCGCCACUGCCGCUACAGCCGCUGAUGACGGGCCGCUGCUGGUGUCCCGUCAGCGCACCCACAGCCGCAACAGCAUGCUGGCGGCGGCGGCGGCGGCGGCGGCUGGCGGCAGUAGCCGCGACGACGACGAAUGCAGCGGCUACAGCAGCGGCUGUAGCAGCGGCGGCUGCGCCCCCGGCGCCUGCUGCGGCUACUGCCGUCGUCAUGUAUCGCCGGUGCCGCUGCUGCCGCACACUGCUGCUGGCGCUACGGCUGCGGCGGGUGCGCCUAUGGCCUACGCCCACGCUUUUCCGCAGCAGCAGCAGCAACAGCAGCAGGCGGCGGCGGUGGCGGCGGCCGGCGCCCAAUACCCGCAGUUCCAAAAGCCGGCGGGCACGGCUGCUGGUGGCGCCAAUGCCGCCACCGACUUUGAGACUCUGUACGCUGACUUGUGCAACAGCGACUGGCCGUUUCUCCGCGAGCAAAACGCCGCCAUGCCUGCCACUGGGCUGGUGCUCCACAACGCGACCACGAACUUCGCCAGCAACACAAGGAGCAGCAGCAGCCACAUUGCUGCUGCUGCUGCUGCUGCGGCUGCUGCUGAUGCUGGCUGCUACAGCCUCGGCGGCGGCAGUGGCGGCAACGGCCACGGCGCCGCCGCAGCGUCCUCCGCGGCCGUCGCUGUCACUGCUACUGCUGGCACCACCACCACCGCCGGCUACCACCCACCCAGCAGCAUGCAACAACUGCAGCUGCAGCAGCAGCUGCACUUCUGGCACCAGCAGCACCAGCACCCGCACCCACAGCACCACCAUCAGUCAUCAGUGGUGCUCCAGCACCCUGCAGCAGCAGUGCUCCUGCGGACGGCGGCUCCUCCUCACGUGAUGGCGCCCGGCGUCCCUGCCGCUGCCGCUGCCGUUCCUGCAGCUGCUACAGCCGUUGGCGGCGGCGACACCGCGGCGGCGCCCGCCGCCGCCCCCGAUCACGGCAAUCUCCACGAGCUCUGGGCCGAUUGGAUGGCUGAGCCGCCGCUGCCGCUGCCGUCGCAGCUGCAGCAACAGCCGCCGCCGGCGGCGGCGGCGGCGGCUACUGCCGCGGCUGCUGCUGCUGCGACGGCUGCGCCUGGCCUUGACACCGCCAGCGGCGCCGGCGGCGGUAGCGGUCUGCUGUUCGUGCACCCGGCGUUGAUCGCGGCCUACUCGGUGUCGGCACCGCCGCCGCCGCCGCCGCCGCUGCCCAGCAGCUACUGCGUCUAAAACCGCGGCGGCGGCGUCCGCCGAUACGGCGAGCCGCCCGCUCUGCUACCGCCCACAGCACGCAGCAGCAGCUGUCGCCGCAAUGCCGCAAUGCUGCGGCUAGCUGCACGGCAGAAGUCGUGGCCGACAAGGCCGCAGCCUCUUCGGCCGCGGCUGACGGCAGCCACCUAGUUGCAACCAAGUAAGCGCAAUGCUGCUGUGCCUGCGCCAGCUAGCCGCCGCCGGCGGCGGUUGCGUGCCAAGGAGUGCGGCCAGAUUGGUAGGCUACGCGACUUCCAGUCAUCGCCUAGCCUCAGCAUCAACAUACCAGUCAUCUUCAUGUUAUUGCGAAGACGCUGUGCAUUGAUCCCAAGCAACUCGAGUGGCGGAUUUGGAUUUUGUGUGGGAUUGAUGAUUGCGCGCUUGGCUGCCAGAGUAGUACGACUGGAUGGCAAUCCGACUGUAUGGCAUGCAGCGGCUGCUGGAUUGGUGCGUGCCAAUGGCGGGCCGCGUGUAAGGCGGACCGCCUUACUUCUUUCAAGCAAGGUCCCGUGGCCUAACGAACCUCGUCCUCCUUCGGGCGGUAGGCGGCUCCGCUGGCUCGCCCAAUGCAUGCAGGGCGUUGCGCUUUCUGUUUGUUUCCCUGCGGAGCGGCUUAUUAGCAGAUGCAUGGCAGGCUAAUUUGCGCGGCAGCCCGGUGGUUGGUCCGGUCGGCGUAGUAAAGUAAGCACGCGUAGUAAGGCAUAAAAUAUCAUAUGAGAGAAUGGGGCCGCAUGUACGUGGGCCGCGGCAUACAGUUUAUUUCUGAGUAGUAAUAAUAACAAUGCAUUCUUCACCAACUGAAUGCGGGGCCGAGUAUUAUUUCUUUCCGAUGACGCGCAUUGGCGGGAGGUAACAAUGGAACGGCCCAGUGCUAGAUCGGGUGAAGUACAUCAGUUGUUGACGGUACUUUUCGGCGCGUGACACUGGAUGGGUGUGUGCGAAAGUUUGGCUGGUAGAGUUAUUGCGAAGGAGUACCAGCAUGGGUUUUAUUCUUGGUUGGUCAUCAGAGCAGUACGGUACCCCAUGCUCAUCUGGGCAGCUCUUUAUUAGUAUUGAAGUUGCAUCGGCCCCUUGUUUGGAUUUGUUGCCAAGGCAGAUCGAGGGGAGCGAGGUAGGGACCUUGGUGCGUGAUAACUUGCGGCGGCAGCGGCGGCACGCACGCACCCUGAAUGCGGCGGGGUUUGGUUGGUUGAAACAAGUGGCUUUGGAAAGAUGAAAGGUUGGCGCACGGAAAGACUUUGCCCACCCAGGCUUUAUUUUAGCAUUCAAGCGUUUGCAUGUACGCAUUUAGCAUUUGAAUUUGCUGGACGUGAGCUCGCUCUGCUGCAUCGAGUUGCUUUGUUUAUGCUUGGGACCGUCUCGGCAAGCUUUCCGCCGGUUAUUGUCCCUUAGUCAUUUUGCUUUGUCGUCCGUUUGCAAGAUGACGUUGGCGCAUUCUCGCGGGUGUUUGUUCUUCUGCACGCGGGCGGGGCUCAGGCUUGCACGGGCGGGCGCAAGCUUGCAUGCCUACACACCCGCACGGAGCCGGCUCCGUGCCGGCGGACGGGGGCGGCGGGGCUAGCGGGGCGCACUGUUCCCAGCCAAACACACACGUGUACACGCACACACGGCCGGUCGAGCCGCCCAUUGCAGUCGUUUCUUCAUGCAAGUUUGGUUCUUCUCGCUGUCCGCACUUUUAGUUAAUUGGUUUGUUGUUGGGCAGGCGAGCGAGCGCGUUGGCGGUGAUGCAGCUCAGCAGGUCGGCCGAGGUCGAUAUUAUAAUGUACACGCGCCUUGUACGUUAGUAUGUAGUGAGGAGACGCGUGGGUGAACGGCGAGAAUACUACAAUUUAUGGGGCCGCAAGAGUUGUUGGAGGAGGCAAGGAGUACUGUGCGUGGGCGCAGAGUCGGCGGCGCAAAAGGCGGCGGCGGCAGAGGUGGGCUUUCAUCACAGG